AUGGAAAGAUUUCCUCCAGCAAAAGUGGCUGGUGCCUCAGCCACAGCUGUCGACAGUUGCCGUGGUCGUUUGUUUCAGCCACACCUGACCAGGGACCAAAGGUACCAAGUACCCACCGUGGCAUGUCUGCAUGGGUGGCUGUCACCUGGUAACAGACCGACACUGAAUCACUGCCUGCUGGCGCUAGUGGCAACCUGGCCCAGGUGCCUGAGCGUCGACGCCAUUGAUCCAAAACUCUGCGGCGCCUCCCCAGAUCCAACCCGCCCGCCUCCAACCGCCUCGUCGCCCCCGUUUUCCGUCUUCCUAUCCACCCAUCCAUCCACCGCACCCCGGCUUCUGGUCCUCUCCCCUCGUUCAUCAUCACCACCUUUGCCGGCGACGCCCUCUCGUCGCCGCUCAGAGCCCCGUGGGUCACUCCUCUCCACUCUUGUCGCCCGGCUUGGUUUUCGUAUCGCGGCUUUGGUUUCAUUGCCUAUUCGCUUCUCUGGCCGUCCUAGCCUGGACCACAGCCGCUCCGUUCGCAUCUAUUUUCGGAUCGCACGAGUCGGCGACUUCGUUCAUCGCCCAUCACGAAGCCCGCACAGUCUCGAUUGCAUCAAUCCCUUUUCGGGUCGCGUCGGCAUUUUGGUGCUUUCCACGGGCUCGUUCGUAUUCUCGCGCGGCCGACAAACGUCGAGACGCGCCCAAGUUUCCGUUCACCGUGAACGCGACGUGAAAGCGACUCGACUUUCUGGUCUUGUGCACGCGACGCGCUACACAUCGCGGCCGUCCCCCCCCGUCGCGCUCAUCAUGGGUCUUCCGUGA